AUGUACGAUCCAAACCAACCGACAAGCAGCAAAUUGUUCGAAGAUGACGAUGAUGGCGUCGAGCUCGUCACAGAUGACACUUCCUACUUCGAGGACUAUGAUGGCAUGGAGGAGUUAUGUGGCUAUGACCCAGAAGGCAGUCCAGAACCUGGAGAACUAGUUCAACUUUCGGAAGAAGGCGUAAUGGUGUGCGGUGUUGAAGAGAUUGAAGACGAAUUCAUGGAUGAAGUAGAGGAGGGCGAAUACUUACCCGAGGGCAAUUCACAGCUUCUGAUCAGGACGUCAUCGCCCGCUGAGGUGUGUAGGCUUCAUACUCUUGUUGAUUAUGACGUUACGAUUGCUCGUUGCUUCGAAUUCGUUUCCUAA